GAUUGUCUUGCAAGGAAGUUAAUAUCGUUUCCUUAGUUUUAAGUCACCGAUUAAGUACCAAAAUAAAGUUUCUUGAUUUUUUUUACUGUUUUCAAUUAAUUGAGAAGUAGAAUGGUAUUUUGUCUUUAGACCAUUAAACAAUGGCUGCCGGACAAACUGUUCGAGAAAGUUUUUCUGUGACAGAGGACAGUCCGGUUGUUUUUGUCACAGAACCAAGCCCACACUUCCUCUGCCCGUUUUGCAGGAAGCUGUACCAGGAACCUGUGAUUAUAAAUGGCUGCGGACAUACCAUAUGUAAACAGUGUGCGUCGACCAUCGACAAGUGUCCCAUUGAUCAUAAAGUCUUUGUUCGAGAACAAAUGAUAGUGAACAGGUUUGUUGUUGACCACAUAGAGGACCUUCUGAUAUAUUGCAAACAUGGCCUGUUGAAGCAAGGUGAUACACAUGUACAAGACCCCUCUGGCUGUCAGGAAAAAAUACACCUUGGAACUAGGGUCCAGCAUGAAGAGAACUGUCAGUUUAAGAUCGUCCCCUGCUCAAACCCCAGCUGCGAGGCAAAGUGCCGCAAGUGUGAAAUGGUAGAACAUAAGAAAGUGUGUAAUUACAACAAAUGUUCUCAUAGUAACAAAGGGUGUGAAUUCCAAGGGAGAGAAGAGGACACUCAGCUUCAUGAGACCACAUGUGGGUACAGGGCCCUUCAGCCCAUCGGGGUCAGCAGUGCAUUGGAGCAAAAGACUGUCCAGCUAGAGACCAGCAAUAGGGAGCUAGUGAAGCAGGUGUCCAGUCUGAACAUGAGGUUGGGUCAGCUGGAGGAGGUCAACACAUCCUUGCAAGGUCAACUCACCGAGUGCAACAAGGCUUUAAAAGAGCUCAAUCAGAAGUAUGAGACGGUGGUGUCCUCUAUAGAGCAGGUGGUUACUAUGAGAAACCGAAGGUCAUAUGGGUCACCGGGGGGUCAAGGGGAAGGUCGUCCAAGGUCAACGUCUUCCAGCAUACGUCAGACGUACCAGAGUUCAAUUCGCCACUCGUUGUCAGGAAGUCCGCCAGGUAGCAGAAUGGAUAAAUGGAACAUGCCUUUCCAGUUCAAAUGUAUUGGGACACUUAGGGGUCACCAAGAUGUGGUAUGGUGCAUGGCAAGUAAGGACCGCAAGCUGUACAGCGCGGGUAAAGACAGGUCGGUCAAGAUCUGGGACCUGGACAAUCUGCAGAGGGGUUGUAUCAAAACCAUCCAGGGGCAUGCUGACACGGUCCAGUGCAUGUGUAUUGGUGGUGACAACCUGUACACUGGUGGCCAUGACAACACCAUCUACUGCUGGAGCCUUGAGGACUACAGUCUAGUGAAAUCAGUCACGGGGGCCCAUGACAACGUCAUCUGCACAAUGGCCAUUGCUGGAGCCUACCUCUUCACUGCCUCUUUCUCAUUACAGGAGGCCCAUGACAACAUCAUCUGCACAAUGGCCAUUGCUGGAGUCUACCUCUUCACUGCCUCUUUCUCACUCAUCAAGAUCUGGGAAGCCAAAACCAUGACCUGGAAACACACGAUACCAGGUCUACACCACUGGGUGCGAGCCCUGGCACUUAACCCUGACAAGGACAAGUUGUUCAGUGGGUCACACAACACUAUAGACAUAUGGAGUGUAACCGAGCCAUUCAGUCUGCGCGGAAAGGUGGACCAUCAGUUUGGGUCCAUUUAUUCAUUAGCAGUCACAUCUAAGUACAUUAUAGCUGGCACGUACAAUCAAAACAUUCAAGUGUUUGAUGCGGCUAAUUUUCAACACAUUCGGGAGCUCAUGGGUCAUGUGGGGAUGAUACACAGUCUAACAACGUCCCUGUCUGGUCGCUUCUUGUUUUCUGCCUCCACAGAUGCUUCCAUUCAGAUCUGGAACCUGGAGAACAUGUUACCCAUCCAGACCCUGCAGAGACAUGAAGGCAGUGUCAACACUCUGGUUGUACACAGGGACUUCCUCUUCUCAGGGUCUGAGGACAAGGAAAUUAAGGUGUUCAUGUACUUCCAAAUGCAGAUGGGGUUUGCCGUGAAUACCUGAAAAUGAUGUUGUGUUAUGAGAACUGGUGAGCUUUAAGGAUUGAGGCCUGUUCUCAACACCCUAGGAGUACUCACAUAGACUUCAGAAUCAUAGCCGCAGACGCCCACAAUUGCAGCCACUAUAUUUUGAGUUAUAUCUGUUCCAGAAGAGGAUGAUUUCUUCAGAGAUUGCAAUAACUGUAUAUGACACAUGCGCACAUGGGGAGCUUUUGGGAUUGCCUUUUGUUCGAUGUGUAUCCUAAGUUGUGUGUUGAACAUCAUGGGCCAUCAUUAUUCACCUGAAGAAGCCGCAUUUAUGCCCAAUCUUCAUGAAACUUGUCAAGAUUAUUCGUCUCAAUGAACACUCAGCAGUUUUUCAAACUGGGUGACCUUGGGGUAAAAAAACUGGGUCACAAGGUCGAAUUAAAGGAAAACCUUGUUAAGACCCUAAAUGUCACUUGUUUCGCCCAAUCUUCAUGAACCUUGCUCAGAACAUGUAUUCUCAUAAUGUCUUGACUUAGUGUGAAAAUGGGCCACAGAAAAACAUCGCAGCUAACGUUUGAUGCAGUUUUUACUUAAAUUUCUAUAUUGAAACUUAAUUAAAAGCACCUGUUCAACAGUUUAUAUCCUUGGGGUCUUAGUUGAGUGCCUGAGGGCCUCAGUCUGUCUUGUUUAUUAAACUGAAGAAAAUAUUCAUUCAAGCCUUAGUAAUGCCUUCAUUUUACAUGAAACAUUUCAUGUAAAAGCAUUAUAAUGUUUGAUGAAAGAGCAGCGCUAUUGGAUAAUGGGGCUUAAUGCAUGAAGUGUUGUCAUAGAUUAGCCAUUGCAGCCCGCUUGAUUUUCAUAGAGAGGAGACUUCAUUUCAAUUUAAAAACAAUAAAAGAGUGGAACGUAGCCCAGUUUUCCCAGAGAGUGGCUCAAUGCUGUACAUGUAUUUCUUAAUGAUGAAUACCAGGUGGGAAUUAACUUUAGAUAGCUCAAAGGGCAUGAUGGUUUUUAGAGAAUCUUUAUUUUAUAAGUAAAAGAUCACUUUUGACUUUGGUCGCUUGUAUUGGAUUAUGGACAUAUGCAUGCCUAGAAAUGCCAAAUAUUUGUUUUGGUGCGUUUAAAAUUAAUGCCAAUUUUUAAAAGUGUGAUAAUUGAUACACAUAAUUGUUGAUUCAUUGUUGUUUACAUUCCCUGCAUACCUUAUCUGCAAUUUCAUUGGAAAUGUGUCUUUUUUUGUUACUACAUGUAUGAUAUUUUCCUGUGUGCUGGUCACACUCUGUAUCAACAAUCAUUAUAUAGGCGGUGCUCUGUGAAAAGGGGGUUUAAUGUGUAUGUGCGUAAAGUGUAGUCCCAGAUUAGCCUGUGCAGUUUAAUGCAUGUGCGUCAAGUGUAGUCCCUGAUUAGCCUGUGCAGUUUGCAUAGGCUAAUCAGGGAUGACACUUUCCGCCUAAACUUGAUUUUUGAUAAGAAGAGACUCUUUAAACAAAAAAUAUUAUAAUAUAAUAAGUGUCGUCCCUGAUUAGCCUGUGCAGUCGGGGACAACAUUAAACCCCCUUUACACAGAGCUUGGCUCAUAUAUGUGUGUGUAAGGUGUAGAAUUGUUUCAUUUAAAGUCAAUACUUUAAUCAAUAUACUGAUUGUAGUGAGGUUUUUAGUUGACUUAGUGUUAUUGAUGCAACUUGGAUAAUCAACAGAUAAUUACAAGUUAAUUUCAGUAUUUGAUUUGAAGGCAUUGUGUUUUCAUAUUUAUUUUAAUACAUGUUACUUUUAUCGUAUAAAUAAAAUAACUUUAAGUAUUACUCAAUAAAAAAUGGUAAAUUUGUUUAUUUUAUUUGAAUUUAUAUUGUAAGUGAUAAAAUUUGUAUAUUGCUUUUAGACAGUGACAUGCUUGUUUGACAGAAUUGUGAUUUUAAUUUUUUAACAUUUUGUAUUUCUAUUAAAUGUUUUCAUGUUAAACAUUCCUACGCAUAGUAGAGUUAUAUUUCACAUAUAUAUUUACAUCAGUUGCACAUGUUCAAUUAUCACUGAAGUGAUACAAAUAGACUGAAAUAACAUGUUGUGUGGGUUAUGUGUCCACAUGCAAAUAGACUGAAAUAACAUGUUGUGUGGGUUAUGUGUCCACAUGCAAAUAUACUGAAAUAACAUGUUGUGUGGGUUAUGUGUCAACAUGCAAAUAGACUGAAAUAACAUGUUGUGUGGGUUAUGUGUCCACAUGCAAAUAGACUGAAAUAACAUGUUGUGUGGGUUAUGUGUCCACACGCAAAUAGACUGAAAUAACAUGUUGUGUGGGUUAUGUGUCAACAUGCAAAUAGACUGAAAUAACAUGUAGUGUGGGUUAUGUGUCCACAUGCAAAUAGACUGAAAUAACAUGUUGUGUGGGUUAUGUGUCCACACACAAAUAGACUGAAAUAACAUGUUGUGUGGGUUAUGUGUCCACACGCAAAUAGACUGAAAUAACAUGUUGUGUGGGUUAUGUGUCCACAUGCAAAUAGACUGAAAUAACAUGUUGUGUGGGUUAUGUGUCCACAUGCAAAUAGACUGAAAUAACAUGUUGUGUGGGUUAUGUGUCCACAUGCAAAUAGACUGAAAUAACAUGUUGUGUGUCCACAUGCAAAUAGACUGAAAUAACACAUUGUGUGGGUUAUGUGUCCACACGCUGAAUUUUGUUUGUGCUUGUUUAUACACAUAUAUUGUGAUAAUGGUUAUAUAUUUGCAUGUAUUUUACAUUUUUUAACUGCCAACAUAAAGUAUGUGGCAUUAAGCAUUACUGUUGUUAGUUCAUCAGGAUGCAAUCAGUUUUACAAUUGUGUCAUGCAUGGCUCCAACAAAUUUGUGUUCUCAACUCAUCUAUACCUGUUUGGUGUAUUUCCCUCAAACUUUCACACUUGAAUGACCUUAAUGCUGAUUGAUAAAGAAAUGACUUAGUCUUUGACUGGUUUAUGCAAAAUUAUUGCCCGUGUUUUCUUUCCACUGUGAAAUACAUGAUCACAACAAGUGACUUUUUGGAGGAUUUUGCUCAAACUUUCACAGCUGAAUGAUUCAACCCUUUACCACUUAGAUAUCUAUUUAGGUGUAUUUGUGAUAGUUACUGCAACAAAGUUGGUAUUGAGGAUAUCAGUGACUCUGACAAUGGGAGAUUUGGCAGAUAUAGAAUUGCUAGGGAUCAGCGUUACUGUGUUAUUUUGUAAUUCACAAGAUAUUGAAGGCAAACAUCAUUUCAUGGUGAUAUGUCUAUUUUUAGAGGAGAUACGCAAAAAAUAUGUUCAAAAGUACAAAUAUCAACGCCAAUCUAUGUUUUAGUUUUUGAAAUUUUUGGGCAUUGAUUACAAAACCAAAUUGAAUAAAAUUUCGCUUUUCAUUAUAUACGCAUUAAAUAAAAGAAACUCUUUUUUGAUUGUUAAGUUCAUCCUCGUAAAACAAAGACACAUACUUAAAAUUGUUGAAUUAACACAAAAUGUAUAAAAUAAUCAAAUGUAAUAUGUUUUUAGCUCACCUGAUUGCUCAGGUGAGCUUUUGUGACUGGUCUUUGUCCGUCUUCCCUCCGUCGUCCACAUUUGGUUUGUAAACACUCUAGAGGCCACAUUUCAUGUCCAAUCUUCAUGAAACUUGGUCAGAAGAUUUGUCCCAAUGAUAUCUCUAUCAAGUUCGAAACUGGGUCAUGCUGGGUCAAAAACUAGGUCAUAAGGUCAAAAAAAAGAAAAACCUUGUAAACACUAGAAGUCACAUUUCAUGCCCAAUCUUCAUGUAACUUUGUCAAAAUGUUUGCCUUAAUGAUAUGUUGGACGAGUUCAAAAGUGGUUCUGGUCCGUUGAAAAACAUGGCCACCAGUGGGCGGGACAGUUUUCCUUAUUUGGCUAUAGAGAAACCUUGUAAACACUUUAGAAGUCACAAUUUUUGCCCAAUCAUCAUGAAAGUUGGUCAAAACAUUGGUUUUAUUAAUAUCUCGAACGAGUUCGAAAAUAGUCCAGAUCGGUGAAAAAACAUGGCCGCCAGUGGGCGGGGCAUUUUUCUCUAUAUGUAUAUAGUGAAAACAUGUGAACACUCUAGAAGUCACAUUUUUGGCCCAAUUUUCAUGAAAUUUGUUCAGAACAUGUGUUUCCUUGAUAUGAGAGUUGAGUUCGAAAAUGGUUCCGGUCAGUUGAAUAACAUUGCUGCCGGGGGGGGGGGCAGUUUUCUUAUAUUUAUAUAGUAAAAAAACUUUGUGAAAAUUCUAGAAAUCACAUUUUUUGCCCAAUCAUCAUGAAACUUGGUACAAAGAUUGGUUUUAUAUAUAUAUCACAUAAUUAAUGCCAUUAUUAUUGUUCUUAGAUUGUCAAAAUUUUCAUUAUACAAAAUCCUUGUAAACACUCUAUAGAGGUCACAAUUUUGUUUCAGAUUUUAUGAACCUUGGUCAUAAUAUUUAUUUUUGUAAGCAAAGUUUGAUGUUUGGUAAGGGGUGGGGGGGGGUCAACUCAAAAUAUAGGUCAUCAGGUCAAAUCUUACAAAAACAAAAACACUCCAUAUGCCAGAGUUUUGGUUCAAUAAUGAUGAAACUUGACCAGGAUGUUUGUCUGGACAAUAUCUAGGUCAAGUUUGAGGUUUGGUAAAGAUUGAAUGAAACAACUCCUAAGGUGAGGGAACUAGAGCCAUCUUGGCCCUCUUGUUUAAUAAGGACCAGGUAUAUCGUAUGUUCUGAAAUGUAAACCAUAGGUACUGAAAUAAUAUUUUUAACGUGACAUAAAUCUUCGUAAUCAUGCUUUGUUAAUUUUGUUAUUUGGAUGAUUGACAUUGGGCAAGUAAUAAUAAAAAAACAUUUUCUGUUCAUAUAGUUUAAGUUAAACUUAAGAAUGUAUAACACCAUAACAUUAAUUGUAUGUGGUUAAGUCAAGCAUAGGUUUCUAUGUAAAAACAGCAAUUGUAUAAGUUAAUUGUACAAUUAGUAAAAUGCUUAUUAUACAUUAUGACUCAUAAAUGAUUGUAUGUAUGAAUCUGUUGAAAAUAAUUAAUGAUUUAAAUAUUAUGUACAAUGUUAUUUUGUAAAUAUGCAGACAAUUCUUGUUAGUUCGUCACUCUCCCUCAAAGAUUUAAAUAAUGCAAAAUUGAACAUUAUAUGCAUAACAGUUACAAAUGUGUUCCCGUGGUUUAAACCAAAGUGUUUUCAAAAAUAACGAUUUCUACAUAAAGGUAUUUAAACUUUAAUGUAGAAUCUGGUGAACGCCUGGCACCCAGUGCUUUUAUAACCAUAUCUCCUAUUCAAAUAUGAAGGAUUUUCAUGAAACUUUGUUAAAUAGUUGCGGUUAUUGUGACAAUUUGCAGAAGUCAUGGAUCUUUUACACCAGGUCAAGGUCAUGAUUACUCUCACAGUUUAAAUUUGUGAUACGCGUUUUUCGUGUAUGAACCAUAUGUUCUAUACCCAUGAAAGGAUUUUUAUGAAAUUAGUCUCAAACAAGGUAUUGCUCAUUGAUCCCACAUGAUGCAGGUAUAGACCAUUCACGCUUAAUCAAGGUCAAGGUCACAUUAUGCGAUUGAAUAUUAACGUGUGUAUGUUCCUGUCGUACUUUAUUUCCGUUGCCUUUUAAUGGUUUAUCACAUUGUGGCAAUGUGCGGAUGGCAAAGGUCAGUGACGCCUCGUCGAGGUAAAAGGUAACUAAUUUUAGGUCAAAAGAUAAUAUCGGGGGUAUAAAGCUGAAGUCCAUAAUAUCGGGGGUAUAGAGCUGAAGUCCAUGUUCCUAUGAUGUUGUUUUGUUUAUUUUGAUUUUUUGUGAAGAAAACGUGUUUUGUUGCGGUAGUGUAAUCUGUCGUGGUUGUUUGUACAUUCCUUAAACUUGCAUACAUUUCUGAGACGUUUUUUAGUAAUUUACUUUUAAAAUAAACUCUUUAAUUUUAAAAUAAAAUAUUUUCGCUAAAAAAG